AUGAGAUUAAUUCACAACAGAAAUUUACAACGAGGAAUUCUACAAUCUCUGUCUUAUGCAUUGACUGUCAGCUAUACAUUUUUCAAUUUUGCAAUCGGAUAUCGAUACGGAGUAUAUCUUGUGAACGCCAAUGUUACGAGUCCAUUCACUAUAUUUCAAGUAAUCGAGUCCUUGAAUUCAGCAUCUCCGUCUCUUCUCGCAUUUGGAACUUAUCUGCCGGAAUAUGUGAGGGCACGUGUCUCUGCUGGUCUUCUAUUCGAAAUGUUGAGAGAACGGCCACGAAUUGAUAACAGUUCGAUUGAACGUGGAAAAACAACAGCAAUAGUUGGUGCGAGUGGAUGCGGGAAGAGCACGGCAAUUAAACUUUUGGAGAGAUUUUACGAUCCUAUUGCGGGAAACAUCAAUUACGAUCGAGAGUGUUUGAGGGAUUUGAAUCUGAGAUACCUGAGAUCUCAGAUCUCUCUAGUAGGACAACAACCAACUCUUUUCAACUGUUCGAUAAGAGAAAACAUUGGUUACGGUCUUGAGAAAAUCACAGAAGACGAAAUCAUUGCAGCUGCUAAACAAGCCCAUGCACAUGAGUUUAUUAUCAAAAUGCCAGAGGGAUACGAUACUGUAGUUGGUGAGCCCGGUAACAAAUUGUCUGGUGGGCAAAAACAAAGGAUUGCAAUAGCUCGAGCAAUUGUCAGAAAGCCAAAAAUAUUGAUUCUGGAUGAGGCGACUAGUGCAUUGGAUGUGGAGAGCGCGGACACUGUUGCUGUCGUCAAAAACGGGAAAGUAAUUGAACAGGGAACUCAUCAAAAACUUCUGGCUCUUGGAGGAGAAUACGCGAAUUUCGUGCAGAAGACGUUGUUAUGA